UUCAUUUCUGAUGCCAAUUCAGUUGGAGAAGCAGCUGGCAACGGAGGAGAGUUCAGGCUCAAGCUACUACUGGUUUUGGCUUCUCCUGCAAAUUCUACUGAUUAAUGUUCUUGGGUUUCAUUGCCAGCCCCCUCCAGAUGCUUCGUCUUUCAUAAGCAUCGAUUGCGGGAUCGGCAAUGGCACCAGCUAUAUCAAUAGCACCACCGGCUUAACCUAUGUUUCCGACGACGCUUACAUAGACUCAGGCAAAGACUACACCAUUGACUUGACCUACUUAUCCUCCUUCCAGCAGGAACUAACCACCUUGCGCAGCUUCCCCGACAGCACGCGGAGCUGCUACACGUUGCGACCGGUGGUGCAAUACUACAAGUACUUGGUGCGUGCCUAUUUCUUAUACGGCAAUUACGACGGACUCCACAAAGCUAACACUAUCAAGCCUUUGGAGUUCGAUGUCUACAUCGAUGUUAACAUGUUGAUGACAAUGAGCAUACAAAACGAGUCUGUUACAUAUAGAGCAGAGGUUGUGAUCGUUGCGGUGGCCAACAAUUCUGUAUCGAUUUGCCUAGUGAAUACCGGCAAUGGAGUACCCUUCAUAUCGUCUUUGGAGCUGAGACGCAUAGAUUCCGCUUUGUACAAGCUAGUCAAUAACAGCUUCUAUCUUCAAGUCUACACCAGGCGAAACCUGGGUGCAACACAAACCAUAAGGUCAGUGAUGUGUGUAUAUAUAUAUAUUACUUAUUAA